AUGAUAACUGUAGAUGAUGAAUUAGCUCGUGUAUUUAUAACAAUAUUUGAUGCAAAGCAUUUACUUCAUCAAUUAUUAUUAAAUAUAUUUGCAAAAGAAGUUGAAAUGGCUGAUUGUUAUCAAACAAUAUUACGUGGAAAUGGUUUACCAACAAAAAUUGUGUCAUUUUGUUUUAAACUUCAUGCUGAUUUACGUUCAUAUGAAGUUCAUCCAUCACGUAUUGAACAACAUGAACAAAUAGAUGAAAAUCGAAAAAAUUUACAUUCAUUAACACAUGAUGUUUUUCAAGCUAUUAUUGAUUCAGCAUCACAAUUUCCAAUUCAAUUAAGAAUUUUAUUUUCAUGUUUAUAUCAAGUUGUUCAACAACGUUUUCCGCAACAUCCUUUACAAGUUUGUUAUUUAUUUCCGCAUAGAAAGCCACUCAAAAAGGCAAGUUUUACUGAUCUUUGUCCUUUUCAAUCCUCUAGAUCACAAAAAUGCACACAACUGCUACUCGCUUUGCUUAUAGUUAAGACAGCUGAUGAUAAAUAGUAAACCAGAGAGAGAAUCAAGCACUGUAUCGAAAACUUUCUAACUUCGAUGAUUUGAUUAAUCGAAAUGUAAAUUUUCCGAUUUGCAGCAUCAAAAAAGAAAUCGUGAUUCCACUAGUGGUUAUCGUUUAGACAAAAGCAUUUCAUAUUCAAUUGUCCAAACGAUUAUUCAUAUUUUCGUAAAUAUCGAUUUAUCUCCCAAUCGACACAUCAGAAACUUCACACUACAUUUUACAGUCAAAUAAAACUUAUUAACUUGUUCAAUGGAUUUUUCAACACUUCGAGAUUCUUUUUGAAGUUAUUUUUAUUG